AUGGCAGGUUCUUCCAUACUCACCCCUGAGAGGAGAAUCGAGUUAAACCCCUUCGAUAUCGAUGCAUGGAAUUUGAUACUAAGGGAAUCACAGGCUCGUCCGAUUGAUCAAGCACGAAACUUUUAUGAGAAGCUAGUAACACAGUUUCCAAAUGCUGGACGGUACUGGAAGGCCUACAUAGAGCAUGAGCUUCGAGGGAAAAAUUUCGAGAAUGUUGAGAAUUUGUUCAAUCGAUGCCUGGUGAAGGUGCUGAAUAUCGAUUUGUGGAAAUGCUACGUGUUUUAUGUUCGAGAAACUAAGGGUCACUUAAGCUCAUUUAGGGAGAAGAUGGCUAAGGCGUAUGAUUUUGCACUUGACAAAGUCGGGCUUGACAUGAACUCCUACUCGAUUUAUUCGGACUACAUAUCCUUCCUGAAAACUGUGCCAGCCAUAGGGCAGUAUGCAGAAAAUCAGCGUAUAUCAGCUGUACGUAAAAUCUAUCAACGAGGGAUUUCUACGCCUAUGGUUAACAUAGAGUCUUUGUGGACAGAUUACUGUGCCUACGAGAAGAAUAUCAAUCCUACUCUCGCCGAAAAACUUAUUUCAGAGCGGAAUAAGGAAUACCAGGUAUCGAAGAAAAUAGCGAAACAGUUAGAGACCGUUACUCGAGGAGUCAAUAGACAAGCUGUAUCAGUGCCACCAAGAGGUACCGCUCCGGAGAUGAAACAAGUAGAAAUGUGGAAGAAGUAUAUUCAAUGGGAAAAAAGCAACCCAAUGGAAACGGAGGAGUAUGGGCAAUUUGCGAGACGGGUGGUGUAUGCUUAUGAACAAUCGUUGUUGUGCCUGGGAUACUAUCCGGAUAUGUGGUAUGAAGCUGCGCUCUUUCUGCAACAGGCAGGGAAACAGUUGGAAGAAAAAGGCGAUGUCAAGCUUGCUCAACAAAUGACAGCGGAAGCUAUGCAACUAUUCGAUCGAGCAAUUUCUGGCCUCAUGAAGCAUUCACAGCUGCUCUAUUUUGCAUAUGCAGACUUUGAAGAAGAACGAAUGAGAUUCGAUAAUGUGAAGAAGAUCUAUGAUAAUCUCCUUGCAAUAGACCAUAUUGAUCCUACUCUUACAUACAUCCAACUGAUGAAAUUUACCCGACGAACAGAAGGAGUUCGAGCAGCACGAGCAGUAUUCAAGAGAGCUCGAGAGGAUAGUCGAUGCCGUCAUCAUGUGUUCAUAGCUGCUGCACUCAUGGAAUUUUACUGUAGCAAGGACAAGGAUGUUGCAAUGCGCGUGUUUGAUCUCGGUCUGAAGAAAUACGGUGAUGAACCUGAGUACGCAUGUGCCUAUGUAGAUUUUUUGACCCACUUAAACGAGGAUAACAACACACGAGUCGUGUUUGAGAGAAUUCUUACUUCUGAAACUCUACCGCAAGAAAAAUCAUCUGAUAUCUGGGAUCGUUACUUGGAGUUCGAAUCCCUCGUAGGAGACUUAGCUAGUACUCUCAAAGUUGAUGAAAGACGUAAGGAAGCUGUAACCGGUGGGAAGGAUGAAGGAACCACGCUGAUGUUGAUAGACAGAUAUCGGUUCCUAAACCUCGUACCCUGUACAUUGGAUCAGCUCAAACUCAUGGGUUACAAUAAAUCAAAUACUGGUAUACUUGGUGGAAUGACGGGUGUUUCUACUGGAUCCUUGAUGACGCCACAGCGAAAUCUAGCAGCUCCACAAGGCGCUAGUGUUGUAAUGGGAGGAAUACCCAGUGUUCAGUUAGAGAUCGGAGGGUAUCCUCGUCCUGACAUUGACCAAAUGAUUCCUUUUAAGCCAAAAGCGAAUAGCGCAGCAUCGUUUCAUCCUGUUCCAGGAGGUGUAUUUCCACCUCCACCUGCUAUAGCAGAGCUCAUUUCAUUGCUGCCUCCACCGUGGACCUUUCAAGGGCCUUUUGUUUCAGUGGAUUUGUUCAUUGAUCACAUUAAUAAGAUGGCGUUAACUACUGGCCCUGUGCUGGACAAGAAGGUGAAGAUCGAAAAUGGCACGAUGGUAGGGCCGAUGAGGGUAGAUGAUGUGCGGAAAGACAUGUAUCAACUGCUUGCGUCUACUCCUGAUCCGCGUUUUGUUUCGACGCAUCUAAUGGAGUACCCUUCAAGUACUAUUGCUUCUUCCAUAGGUGGCAAACGAAAACGAGGUGAUUCAGGUAGUGAUGAAGAUUCCAGGGGAGUCCCUACAGACAUCUAUAAGCGACGUAUGGAUAUGAAGGCUGCACAGCAUUGA